GUUCUAUGUAGAAAGGGUUUGAGAAGAAUGAAGCUCUAUCAGAAGUUUAAAAAUUCCAAGCCGAUUUAUGUUUUUUCUGCAGUUAAGGGUAGUUUCUCCACGCACUGUUUUCAGAAUCUAUUGUUUUAAAAUUAUAAUUAUCUGGAUUAAGUGGUUUCAUUAAAUAAUGCUUUUCUAAUUUAAUUUUUUUUCUUGUUAAUUCCAACUUAAUCUGGUGAAAUACAAAAAUUGGGUUUGAACUCUCUUCAGUCACUUACAAAAGAUGGGUUUAACUCUCUUCAGCCGAUUGCCUCUCCAGUUUCUCACCUGCCAUCUGGGUGAAGAAUUUUUUCCCAUUUAUUGUAUCAUUAGAUAAUACCCUGACUACGUGGCUCUACCUCAUUUGCUAGCCUCUCACUGCCUUCUCAUCCAGAUAGACGCAAUUUAAUUGCCAGACAUCGACUGUUUCUCUGUUUCUGAUAUGUUAUACGGCGAAGCUUCAUGAAUUGAAGGAGAGUCAUAUUGGUUUGACGUAAUCCAUGGCUCCAACUCUAACCUCCGAUUCUUUCCGGUUAACUACUCACUGGAAGCCAACUCCCAAGAAUCCCAGACUGACUGUAUUUGCCAAAGGUUCAGGGUCUUUCUCUCCAUUUCAGCUUGGCAAGCCAAAAGACAAUUCUGAAGAAAGCCAGAGUGAAGAUUCAGGCAACUCUAGUCCUUUUCGAUUCAAUUUUGGUAAGGUACCUAAUGCUAAAUCCUUGAUCCCAGUUGUGAACAACCCUUCUUCCGGUUUAUCAUUUGGGAACCCAAGAAGGAAAGAUCCUGCAACAGUGUUUGUUGCUGGUGCAACGGGGCUGGCUGGCAUCCGCAUAGCUCAGACGCUGCUGCGCCAAGGCUUUAAGGUUAGAGCUGGCGUGCCUGAGCUCGGUGCUGCCCAGGAGUUGGCUUGUCUUGCCGCGGAUUACAAGUUAAUAUCGAAGGAAGAAUCUAGGCGGCUGAAUGCGGUGGAAUCCACCUUCGAGGACCCCGAAUCAAUCGCCAAGGCAAUCGGCAACGCCAGCAAGGUGGUGGUCACUAUCGGUCCCGGGGAAAACGGUCCCACGGCUGAGGUCUCCACGUUGGACGCCUUACAAGUCAUCCAAGCGGCCCAACUAGCAGGCGUAGGCCACAUGGCGAUUAUCUAUGACGGGAACAUCGCGGCUGCAUCCACUUACAAUGUACUCGACGGUAUCACAUCGUUCUUCAGCAACCUCUUCCCGCAAUCUCAGCCGUUGACGGUACCCGAGUUCCUACAGAAAGUAAUUGAAACGGACGUUAGCUAUACGUUCAUUAAGACGAGCCUGGCGGAGGAUUUUACGCCGGAAUGUUCAUACAACGUCGUGGUGUCCGCCGAGGGAAGCGCUACUACAAACGACUACAAAGUUGCAAAAUCAACGAUAGCUUCGCUGGUGGCAGAUGUUUUCUCGAACACCGCCGUUGCAGAAAAUAAGGUUGUGAAAGUUUCCACGGAUCCAUCGGCUCCACUGAAGCGGGUAGAUGAGCUUUUCAGUGCAAUUCCAGAGGAUGGAAGAAGAAAGGCUUAUGCAGAGGCUCUAGCCAAGGAAAAAGCAGAGGAGGAGGCAAGAAUCACUUCCCAGAAAGCUCGCGAAGCAGCAGAGGCGGCGAGGAAGCUAGAAGAAGUGAAUAAGCUUUCAAAGCAGAAAGCAAAGGCAGCCAGUGUAGCGGAAGAGGCUCAGGAGAAGGCAGAGGCUACCAGGGCUUCAAUCAACAGCUUGUUCAGUAAAGCUAAAGAAAUGGGAUCGGGUCUAUCCUGGGAAAAAUUCAGCUCCCAGAUAGCAACCACCGUUCAGAACCCUGCUGAGAUUGCUGCAGUGCAGUUUGCCACCGUCAGGGGACAAGCCAAGGCUAGGUCUCUUUCUCCUCAGAAGGCUGUUGUCAAGCCACCUGCUCCUAAACCAAAAUUCCCUGUUUUGAAGCCGAAGCUGCCUCCACCACCGCCAAAGCCAGUGGCGAAACAGCCCACAGAACCACCGAAGACGGAAGUGAAAAAGUUGUUUGGUGGCCUCUUUCAGCAAGAAACCAUUUAUGUUGACGAUGACUGAGUAAGAUUACUACUUCUCCAAGCUAAACAUCUCUGGUCUCGCUUUCCAAGCUAUUUUCGAGCAAAUAUUUGUGUAAUAUAUCUCUAAAGGGAUGCAUAAUAAGUCAUAACAACUUGUAUAUUUUUGUUGAAGGCCGCUAAUUAUUUAAUUAUGACGCAUGACGUUUCAAAUAACUUCUUGUUAAUUCUAUGAUUUGCAUAUGCUUGAUUUAUUUUUAAACAGGCUCAGGCUAAAAGAAGAAGAUCAUUUGUAGUGGUCGUGGACUGAUCACCCAAGGAAUGUGGCAUUUAUAAUUCAUUCAUUAAUAUCAACAAUGCGAGCAACAAAACAGUGACAGUUAUGAUAAAUUAUGGACUUGUUCGUCACAAAUUAGUAUGGAGACAAGGAUUAACAGCCAAAAUAAUGGAGUUUAUAAGCU